AUGUCAGCUACCGCUACCGCUACCGCAACUACCGCCACUCCCGUCACCAUGGCAUCAGGCACCUUGACGACUGCACCACCACAAUCCCAAUCCCAAUCCUUCUGCUGUCCGCGGUGCGGCUUUUCUCUCACUCUACCUCCGUUUGAAGAAACGCAAGCGGCGCUCUUAACAGCCCAAAAGCAAAUCGCCGACCUCGAAGCCCAAGUCCGUCUGCUCAACCAGAAAGCAACCGCCGCCGUCGACCGCUGGGCCGACUACGAAGACGAGCUCGCCCGGCUACGAGCCCAACUCGAUGCUCGCCCACAGACACCAAGGCAGCAACAGCCCCAACAUAACGGCGUCCCCUCCCCAUCAGCCCAAAGCACAGUCGGUGCCCUAGGCGAUUCCUCGGACAAACUAGGCUUCCCCGGACACCGCCAACAAACCUCCCUCCCAACACCCCCCAGCUCAGCCGCCGGCCUACCCUCUCCCUCACCCUCCCGAACCUCCUUCCUAACUUCUGGCGCCGCAGCACGAAUAUCAGCCCUCCUCUCCUCCCGACGCUCGGCCCCGGCACUCAAACCCCUCCCCUCCCAACCCCAACAACAGCAACAACAAUCCCAAUCCCGACCCCCUUCCCAACCAACCCCCGGCAGUUUACUCCCCCCUCCCACACCAACACCGUCAGUGACACCGUCCGAGCAAACAGACACCUCAACGCUCCUCUCGAUGUUAUCUCAAGAAAAGUCCCUCCGCCAACAAGCCGAGACCCAGCUCCGCGCCGCGAGUCGCGAAGUAGAGGAGUUGAGUGCAAGUCUGUUUGAGCAAGCGAACGAAAUGGUUGCUACAGAGAGGAGGGCACGGGCGGCGCUGGAGGCGAGAGUUGCUGAGUUGGAGAGGCGGGAGGAGGAGAAGGCGGCGAGGUUGGCAGUUUUGGAACGAGCAGUGGGGAGGAUUGAGCGUGUUAGGGGGGUGUUGGAAGAGGGAGGGAGAGAGAGAGAGAGAGAGAGAGAGAGAGAGAGAGAGAGAGAGAGAGAGAGAGAGAGAGAGAGAGAGAGAGAGAGUAGAAGGAGCAUAAGAGGGAGUUUGCAAGGAGCUGAGUAA